UUCAUACAACUUGCUCUUCACUCCCAUCUCCUGACUACUGGCUGCAAGCGUGAGCAACAUGGCCCCCAAAAAAAUUGAACCAAAGAAACCAGAACCCAAAAAACCUGAGCCUAAGAAGGAAGAGACUCCAGCUCCUGCUCCUGCUCCUGUCCAGGAGGUGCCCAAAGAGCCUCAGGUUGAUCUGAAGAGCAUUGUAUUGGAGUUCUCACCAGACCAGAUUGAGGAGUUCAGAGAUGCCUUCACACUAUUUGAUGAGACACCAACUGGAGAGAUGAAAAUAAGAUAUGCCCAGUGUGGAGAUGUGAUGAGGGCUUUGGGUUAUAACCCCACUAAUGCUGACGUGCAUGCUGUUCUAGGGAAACCCAAGACAGAGGAAAUGAACACCAAGAUGCUGGACUUUGAUACCUUCCUCCCUAUGCUGCAGCACAUCUCCAGGGCCAAGGACCAGGGUACAUUUGAGGACUUUGUUGAAGGGCUUAGGGUUUUUGACAAGGAAGGCAAUGGUACAGUGAUGGGUGCUGAGCUCCGCCAUGUUCUGGCAACUCUGGGAGAGAGAAUGACUGAAGACGAAGUGGACCGCCUCAUGACGGGACAAGAGGAUACAAGUGGGUGCAUCAACUACAUCUCAUUUGUCAAGCAUAUCCUCUCCGGGUGAGCUAGAGUCUGUCCUUGUGUGACUCUAAAGACAUCAUCAUUCAAAGGACAUUUUGAAGGAAAAGUUGAUGUUGGGGCAUGUAAAAUAAAGCUGAUUUCUCAACUCA